UGACAAGGGUUCGCCCCGCCCAUUAAGAAGGCUACCCGUGUCCCCCACUAAGAUGGCGCCGAGCAGUACGUUGUAUUCCUUACCAAGAUGGCGGCGGUCACUUCCUGUAGUAUGAUGGCCGACCCGGAUAGCUCGGUUCUGUUCCUGAUUAGUGGGAUUCCGCGCAAGUUUCGCUCGGCCCAACUACGCAAUUAUUUCAGUCAGUUCGCGGAGAGUGCGGGCUUCGUGUGUUUUCACUUCCGCCAACGGCCGGAAAGACGGGGAGCAGCUAAUGGGGGGACCUGCUGCUGCCCGGUCACCGUCCGACCGGAGAGGGCCCGGAGCUUCGUGACAAUGUACAACGGGAAGCCGUGGCUGGAUUCCGGCGGGAGCCAGGUCCCUGGGCGCUGUGUGAUCCGGGGGGUUCAGGAGGCGCCAGAGAAAGCUCCACCAGAUUUUCCAUACAAGACACGGCGAGAGCUGCUGAGUGUUAGGCCUGAAGAAGAGCAACAAGUGACUGCAGCAGAAAUAAGAAGCCUGUCUGAAUUAAAUCCGCCAAUGCUCAUGCCCCAAGGUAAUGUUGGCACCCCUACCAAGUUCUUCCUGCAGCUAAUUCGCUCAUGUCGGAUGCCGCCAAGGCUCAUUGCGCGAUUGGGCUUAACAUUUUCUAGCAAGGGGCGUCGUUAUUCCAAGGUCCCGUUAUUGUAUUCUGGGACAGACACAGUAAAGGGCAAGAAGGGAGUCUAUACCGCAAGUGGCCAAGAGAUUAUCAAGGGUGUCAGUCUUGAAGAUUGUGUGAAAAGCUCAGAUGUGGAUCAAGAGGAACCUUUAAGUUCUGAUGAUGACAAUGACACUUGUGAAGAAUGGGAAAGGCAUGAGGCUCUGCAUGAGGAUAUUACUACACAAGAGCGUAGCAAAGAGCGGUUGUAUGAGGAGAAGAUUGAACUGAAGUGGGAGAAAGGUGGCUCUGGUCUGGUCUUUUAUACGGAUGCUCAGCUGUGGCAAGAAGAGGAAGGGGAUUUCGACGAGCAAACAGCUGAUGAUUGGGAUGUAGAUAUGAGUGGAUAUUAUGAUGCUGAAGCUGGGGACAAGGAUGCCAGAGACUACCUAAAAAUGCGUCUAGAGACAAGGAGGCGUAAUGGCCUGGACGAUGCAGAUUAUCAUGGUGUGGGAGGUUUUGAACAACACACCAAGGGUAUUGGAAGGAGGUUGAUGGAGCGCCAUGGAUGGACUGAAGGGACUGGGUUAGGAGCUAGGGGAGCUGGAAUGACUGAUGCUUUGGAAAACGAUGGCCAGAACCCGAAAUGCAAGCGAGGCCUGGGCUACCACGGGGAGAAAUUACAGACCUUCUGUUCAGUAAAGAAAAGACCCUCUCACUUCAUUUCAACUGUUUAUGAUGAACCACAGCCCCAGGACAUGGGAGACAUGCUACUCAGAAGACAGCCCACUACUGCAAUGAAGUAUCAUAAGAACACUGUGUAUAAUGGUGGCAAAACAUAGCUUUCAUGUUCAGAGCAAAGUUUGUAAAUUCAAGAUUGUUUGCAACUGAAGGACAUUGCUCUUAAUUACAGAUGUCACCCACUGCACCAGAACUUUUAUUACAUUUCAAAACCAUAUUAAUAUAAGUGAAUCCGAAUUUUUAGAGAUAUUUAUUUGACUUGAAAAGUGAAUCCAUAAUUUUUUGUCAUUUUAAAAUAAACGUACAUGGAUUUUA